AUGGAGCACUACCACGAGGAAACUCUUGACGAAUAUGCCAAAAAUGGCGAGUUAGAUGCCCUCUGUAAACUGUUGAGUAGCAACCCAGACAGCAAUGCCGAAAAGAUUGAGGCGCCGUGCGAGAAUGAGCAACUUGAAAUUGUUUCGCGCUUAAUUGAACAAGGUGUUGACAUCAAUACGACAGAUGAGGAUGGGAGAACACCUCUGUGGAUCGCGACUGCAAAACAUGACAAGAGUAUGAUUGAGAAGUUGGUGGGACAAGGUGCUAACGUAAAUGCAACAAGUUUAAAUAAGAGUUUGCCAAAAAAGGCCGCAUCUUCUGAGGAACAGGAUUUUCCAACAGAGGCUCCGACUUUGGAUGAACAGAUUGUUGAGCUAACUGAGACACCGUUGUGGUUAGCAUCAUUUAAAGGGCACGCAGAUGUGUUAGAGUACUUAUUAAAUAAAGGAGCAAGCGUUGAUGCUGCAGAUAAAAACGGGGUAACAGUGGGAGAUUCCUUGUUAGUUCUUGAACGCACAGCCAACGCAACCUGCCUUGAGUUGGUUGCAGUCGAAUAUAUAUGA